AGAUUGAACAUUUGAAUCGAAUAAUCAACAUUAUCCAUUAUGAAAAUUUUCAUUAUCUCUCUUGUUUUUGCAUGCUGUUAUGUCGGCAUUGCAUUCACCGACACAAUCCCAGAAGAUUUUGAGGCACAUAUUGAAGAAACAGACUUUAAAAUAACUGAAGAUUCUGGAUAUAAAUAUGGAUAUAAAACAUCAAACAACAUAAAAAUUGAAGAAGAAAGUGAUGGUCAGAACAUAGUUGAAGGUUCUUACUCUUAUGUAGAUCCAGAUGGUAGAACACAUACCGUAACAUAUAUUGCUGGAGCUGGUAUUGGAUUCCAGCCAACUGGUGAUGAUAUUCAUCCAGAAGUGUCGGCUGGUAUUGAGCUUAACCUUAAAAACCCACCACAAGAAGAAAAAAAAUUAGAAAAAGAUUCACAAUGAGACUGUUGCUAAGAUAGAAGAAAAAAUAUUUUUUAUGUCAAUAAAAAUACAUAAUGAUAAUG